AUGCUUUUCUCUCGCUCUACUCUCGUUCUAUUCUCUCUCCUUGUUCAUUUCUUCAUUUACACCGCUAUCGCUGACAUCAACGAGCGAGGUGGUGAUUACUACAAAUAUAAAUAUAAAACCGUCACCACUACUAAACACAUUAGAAAACCACCCUUUACUUACACCAAAUGCAUUACUAAACCCGUUAAAGUAUCUACUUCAAAAUGUAAUACCACUCUCACCAAACAAACUACUAUCUAUAAUACUACAACCACUACUGAUUUCAAUACUACUACUGUCUACUCACCAACUACUGUCUUCAAUACCACUACUGUCUACUCACCAACUACUGUCUUCAAUACUACUACCGCUACUGAUUUCAAUACUACUACUGUCUACUCACCAACUACUGAACAUGUUCACAAUACUACUACCGUUACUGAAACUGCCACCGUUACUCGCUCUGUCCCAUGUGACCACAAAAAAUGUUUGGAAAAAAAUGCGCCUUGUGACAUCACUGACCUGUCUCCAUAUCAAUGUUGCCAUACUCUAAGUUGUAGAUCGGCUGGGCAAGGUGAAUGUGCCAAAUGUCUCCCCGGUAGCGAUUAG